UUUGUAUUUCCUAGGUUCAACUAGAUGGUAACCGUCCUGAGGAGUGGAGCUAGGAGUGUUCCGCUUUACUGCUCACUCACUCCUAAACACUUUCUUUGUUGUUUUUGACGCAAUUGCAAGACACAAGUAGAUGAGACGUUUUAAACUGGACCAAGAUUUUUUGUUGUUUUAUAAGUUCUUUGUAAUUUGCAGCAUGGCUAAAAUAGUUACGUUACGCUGGAUAUAUCUCACAUUGCUAACCGUUCCACAGCGUUGAAAACUGCGAGCCGAUGGAGUUCUACUUUUUUAAACAAAACAACACUUUUAACUGAAACGAGAAAAAUGAGAAAACUUUGCUUCUCGACACUUUGAACUACUGGGUGCAUUUUCUACGAGAGGCAUCACGUGCAACUGUUGUUUACAAAAGGAGACAACUGGAAAAUGACGCUGUCCUAGCAAACAACAGUGCAGAAGGACCUCUGAAGACAAAACUCGUGGGAAGAAGCUGCGCUUACUUCUCAUCUCUGUAUCUCUGCCUGACUACCAGUUGGUGUGUGUAGGAAACCCUCAAUGAAUUUCCUCAAGGAAAAGUGACUGUGCUGACACCUACCUCAACCUGCCUCCCAGCAAUGCUGGCUGGGUGGGGGGAGGUUGAGCGACUGCAGAAGGGGGCCACUGUAGCCUGGCAGGGCCCUCAGUCUGGCAGACCCCCUUCUAAGGAGCAACGCAUUAAUAUCAGGGAGAAGAUCUCCCAGUGGGAAGUUCUCAGUCAGCAGAGCAGCAGCCCGAGUGUUGCAGUGAAAGCUCACACUCCGCCUGUAUCUCCAAGUCUUUCUGGAGAUCAGCAUGGCAAUGGGUUCCCCAGUGGUAGCUCAAAACCCAAUAUUUCAAAAGUUAAAACAUUGGCUCUAGAUUUUCGGGAAUGUUCAGCAAAUACAGGACAUUUGGUUGGCUUUAGAAAAUCUGAACCACUGCAGAGACCUUCAACAGGACUUUCCCCCACACCCCAACUAAAUAAACAGUUUACAGCACGAACAUUGCAAUUUCCUAAAGUAGACAACUCUACAGGAAAUCAAACCAUCAGUACCAUUGAUGCUCAGAAAAUAGAUUGCAUCUUAGAUGUUGAAGCUAUUUCUAAACCUCUACCUCUGUCGACUGAUGACCUGGAAGACAACAUGCCUGCAGGGAACUUCUACACUUCACGGGGUUUUUGGCGUAAGCUUGAGGGAGACAGACUGCUCUGGGAGAAAGGGAGAGGUUUUUCUGGUGGACCCCAGGCUCCUCCAAAACCUCAGCGGACAUUCCAGUAUAGUGGACCGAACAACCACUCAGGGCACACAGUGCAAUUGGAAAAAGCUACGUCUUGUGUUAUCAACUCUGACUCAAGCAGACGGAGGAUAGCUAAGCCACCAAACUUCCCCCCUCCUCCACAUCCUGGUACAAAGACCAAUGGGCUGACGAGGCACAAAAAGAACAGGAAGUCCUUCGAAUAUGAGGAUGCAGCUCGUCUGACGGGAAAGCAAGGCACCCUGGGAGUAGAGGCAAGGCGUUCAGGGCUGUACCAUGCCUACUCUGAUGACAGUAUUUAUGAGGACAUAGCCUGUGAUGUGACCAGAGAUGACCCUUAUGAAGAUGUGAAGCAUUCCCCCAUGUGUCUACCCACUUCAAGGCCCAAGUUGCCUCCUAAGCCUCAGACAUUACAAGGUUAUGGCAGCAGAGUGGAGUGGAAAAACUCCCAAGCAACAUCCAAAACCUUAGAAAGUCCCAAACCCGUCGCACCCCCUUGUUCCAGAAACCCUCAAAGAACCCUGUUGAUGCCACAAUAUGUCAGCAAGAUCGAGACCAUCUUUGACGACAAGCGAGGGAGGAAGAGAGUGAAGAACCAGGGAGUCUCAGUGAGAGAGGAGACCAGCGGCACAGAGAGUGACCCCGAGGACAACACCAAAGCUGGCUCUAGGAGAUCAGUUUACAUCCAGUCUACGCUGAAACGCCGUCCGGGCUACCGCACCCUGGAGAGAGACCUCAUUCAGCUCCAGCAGCAGCAGCUCUUCCAGAUCUUUGUGGUGGUGUCACUGAGAAAGAGCUCCUCAGAAAACACCUACUCCCCUGAAAUAACGCAACAGUUCCCCAAAAUGUUUGAGAAGUCCUCUCGGGUCUCCAAAGAGGCUGAAGACCAGCUGAAGGUCAUUCCAAAGUUCUGCUUCCCUGACUCACUGGACUGGAAGCCCUCUGCACACAUGCCCAGUGAGACUUUCUCGUUCGUCCUCACCGGGGAAGAUGGCAGCCGCUGGUUUUGUUAUUGUCGCAAAAUCCUGCCCAGUGGAAGGGGGAAGCGCCUUCCUGAAGUCCACUGUAUUGUCAGCAAGCUGGGCUGUUUCAACCUUUUUGCAAAGAUUCUGGAAGAAGUGGAGAGGCGCAGGGAGAUUUCUCCAGCUCUGGUUUAUCCUUUUAUGCGUAGUGUGAUGGAAGCCCCGUUUCCUGCCCCUGGAAGAACAGUCACCGUUAAAAGCUUCCUCCCCGGGUCUGGGAAUGAGGUGCUGACCCUGUGUCGACCAGUGGACUCCAGAUUAGAGCACGUGGACUUCAACUGCCUGCUCCAGUGUCUCAGUGUAGGGAGACUCCUGCAAGUGUUCGCCUCCGUUCUGCUGGAGAGGAGAGUUAUCUUCAUCGCUGACAAACUCAGUGUGUUGUCUCGGUGUGGCCAUGCAGCACUGGCUCUUCUGUAUCCCUUCACCUGGCAGCACACUUUUAUACCUGUGUUACCGGCCAGUAUGUUGGACAUCAGCUGCUCCCCAACUCCGUUUGUUAUUGGGGUAUUGGCGCCCUGCCUCCCACAGCUGCUGGAGCUUCCCAUUGAGGAGGUGCUCAUAGUGGAUCUGUGUGCUGAUAAAUUUGAGAUUCAGAUGGGCGAUGAAGACUGCAUCCUGCCCAGUAAACUGCAGGCGGCGCUACAGCAGAUUCUGGAGGACAGAGACUACAUCCUGAGCCAGGAGGAUGAAUACACAUGUGGAGACCAGGAGCCUGACCUGAGCUCCCUGGUGUCAGAAGGCUUUGUGCGAUUCUUUGUGGAGCUGGUUGGCCACUACCCCCUCCACAUGGUGGAGUCGUCCAACGGAGGCAGAGAGCUUCAGCGUGACAGCUUCCGUAAAUCCCACCCAUCCCGUGGGGUCCGACAGUUCCUGCAGCUCUUCAUGGACACUCAGAUGUUUGCUGGCUUCAUUCAGGACAAGGAGCUGCGCAAGUCUGGAGGGAGAGGUCUCUUUGAGGCCAGAGUGGCUGAAUACAUGGACUCGUACCCUGAGCCGGAGCCUAGUGGAGUGAACAAAUUUCUUAAAGGACUAGGAAACAAGAUGAAGCUGCUUCAAAUCAAAUAAGAAUCAACAUCCUGACUCUCCAUGAAGUAACUUUGUAAUAAAAAACACAGAACAUGGAUGUCACUAAUGAGUCCAGGCUGUUUGUUUGUGUUAUGGUAGGCCACUUCUAAUUGGACCAAAACAGCCACAUUUUUAAAAAAUAUCUUCUAUGAACCAAACUUUGUCUUUGAACAGACAAACCUUCCAGCUUAGUACAGCUCUGUUUUUCAGUGGGAACAUGUUUACCUUUGGAUCCGUUCUGCUGCACGUUACUACAGCUUUAAUGUUUCAUCUCAAUCUUUGAAGUUGUCUCCUUUUGUACAAUAUUUAGUCAAAUUGUGGAAACUCUU